GGGCCAUUUUAUGAGAACAGCAGGGUCAGGCCAGUGGUCCUGAUACAGCAGGUGCUCAGCAGGUGUUGGCCUUUCCUAUCUGUCCCUGAGGCCAGGCGAGAGCCUGGACACUUCUGAGCAGGAGGGAAGGAACAGCCACUACCCAGGGUGACGGCGCUAAAAACAGAAGACCUGAGGAAAUGCCCCAUUUGCCUGAGUGACCGAGGUCACUCAAGUGCUGUGGUGGGCACCAUACACCCCGCCACCCCCACUCGUUGCAACUUUUAGUGAACGUCAAGAAAACGGAAGUGACUACCUACUGGUUUUUAGCGACCGUUUGAAAACCAUGACUCUGGCUGCAAACGGAAGAAGGGGAAACUGUAAAUGAGAAAGGAAGCCAUUAAAAACGAAAACUACCUCUCUCUCUGCCAGCUCUGCACCAUCGCCCCAGGUUUCCUGCUUUGCUGCGUUGUUCUCAGGCCUCCGACACCAGCUGCCCCUCUCAGGAGCCUGCCAGCCCCUGGCCCUGCCUGGGCUCAGACAGGGCCCGACUGCAGCUCCCACAGAGCGUCCCCACUGCCGCUGCUGCCACUGUCCGUCCAAACACAGCCCCGCCUGCAAGGGAGCCCGUGGGCUGAUCCUUUAUCUGCCACCCCUUUCUCGCCUGCCCUGGCCCUGAAGCACCCGGAAGUGGAGGUCAAGUGUGAAGAGGCCUCUGGGAGGGCCUUGGGGCGGCCACCUGAGAUGCCCAGAGACUCCAACAUUGGGAGAAGCCAGCUCAGGCCUGCUGCCGCUGCUGCCCUCAGCCACCACAGGCCAACAGGCCCCUAAAGAGACAGCGGCCAGGCAAGCCGCAGGAGGGGAGAACCUGCUGCUGGUUGGCCAGCCCCCAGCCCCCUUGCAGGGCCCAGCAGGUCAGAGGACAGCAAGACCACCACCCUCUAACUGCCCCCCGUCCGUCAGCUCUCAGCCAAAUCUGAAAUGUAAUGGGGGUGGGGGACUUCCAAUUCCAGGAAGGGGACAAUGGACAACAGCAGGACCCAACACAGACCCAGCAAGGCUUCUACAAACAGCACGCUGAAUCCCCAGAACCACCCUAUGAGGACAGCACUGACAAACAUCCUGCCUUUCAGGCUGGUGUUACCGGUAACAACUGUGUCCUCGGCACUGACGUACAGGUAUGUAAAACAUCCAGCAAGAAAGACCCUAACCGGGUCACGUUCAAGGGCCUGGACAAGCAGCCUGACCAAGGUAUUCCGCCCGCGCGCCCAGCACACCUGCACCGCAGGUGCGCAGACUACUCCUGGGUUCCCACCUUCACACAUCUGCACGUGCUGUUCCUUCCACCCAGAAGGCCCUUCUUCCCACUUUCCAUCUGUCAACUCCUACUCACCCUUCCUAGAUAGAAAAAGCCACCCGCUGAGCCAGUCUCACCAGUCCCUCUGCUCUGUGGCCUCCACAACACCCCGAGUUACCUCUGUCACUACACCAGCAACGGUGACUGUCCGGCUCUGCCUUUGUUUCCCCCGGGCAGGGCCUGGGCUGCUCCCUCCCUCCCUCUGUGCCCUCAGCCGGCCUCACCUCACAGAAAGGGGACGGAGUGGUGGCUGCUCCACAGAAGCCUGGCUCCCUGCCCUCCUCACAGCCCGACACAGCAGGGCGCGGAGCCACGGCCAGGGUGAAAGCCUGACUACUCUAGUGUCCUGAGCCCAGGGUGAGAGGCAGAGCCCAGAGUCUACGAAGCAGGCAUGGAAGGCGCGGGUGAGGCAGAGAGAGGGAGGGCAAGGGGUGUCCUGGGGAAGGGUCCGCGGGGGAGUGGGCCAGAGGGGAAGGGAGUGGGCUGGAAGCCCAGGGGCUUAGGGGGGUCAGAGG